AUGGCAUCAAAACCUCGCUGGCGAAGUGGGCUCGAAAACGCAAUGGCGUUGCCAGAAAAUAAAGGACAAAUGCAGUAUCAGCUCGCAACUGUGGAUACCAGUGGCAGGCCUCAUGUGCGCACAGUGGGCUUUUCUAGCAUCAUAGAACCCGCCGAGCAUCCGCACCUUCCCGUCCUCAUCGGGAUCACCGAUGUCCGCACGCCCAAGGUGACAGACAUGCGCGCAAAUCCGUAUGUCGAACUUUGCUGGUUCCUGACGGGAUCCAAGGAUCAAUUCCGCAUUUCCGGGCCCGUGCGCAUCAUCCCGUCGCCCCAUGUCGAGAGCGCGGCUCAGGGGGAGUCAACGCUCGCGCUGGACAAGCUGAGCGAGCAGGGAUUCGACUGGGAGAAGAAACGUGUAGCGGCGUUUGACAGCUUGCCCCCGUUCAUGCGGGCAUUGUGGUGCAAACCCCCGCAGGGCAGCACUAUCGGCUCGUACGAGGUAGCAAACGAGUGGCUCAAGACGCUGUCAAAGAGUAACCAGCUGGAGAGCGAGGAAGAUAAGCAGAACUUUGAGCUGGCAUUGCGAAAUUUUGCCCUUCUCGUGAUCGACCCAAUCCAUGUAGACUGGGUGGAGGCUGCUGCGAGUCCACAGAGGAGAACCAAGUUUAUGAGGAAUGGGGAGGAUUGGAGUGAGGAGUUCGUCGUGCCGUAG